AUGAAAGUUCUUUACCUCCUUGUUAGCAUCUUGGCUUUGGCAUCUUCUGUUUCCUUUGCUUAUGACCCAAACCCUCUCCAAGACUUUUGUGUUGCAAUCCAAGAUCCCAAAGAUGGUGAAAAUUGGAUUUCCCAUCAAUUUUCCCCUUUCGAUUUUCCCGGCCACACCACCGCCGUCAUCGCCGCUUCAUCCACCGACGACAGCGGCAUCCCGUCUCAAGAUCUCGCAGUUCUCCUCGAAUACAAUUUUGAAGGAAGAUAUGAUCUAGUUAGGUUCAUUAAGACAGUGCAAAAAGUGGGGCUCUAUGUUAAUCUUCGCAUUGGACCUUAUGUUUGCGCCGAGUGGAACUUUGGGGGAAUUCCUGUUUGGUUGAAGUAUGUUCCGGGUAUAAGCUUUAGAACCGAUAAUGAGCCUUUCAAGGCUGCAAUGCAAGGUUUUACUCAGAAGAUUGUUCAAAUGAUGAAGAGUGAAAACUUGUUUCAGUCUCAGGGUGGUCCAAUCAUUCUUUCUCAGAUUGAGAACGAAUACGGACCAGAGAGCAAGGCGAUGGGAGCUGCUGGUCAUGCAUACCUAAACUGGGCUGCAUAUAUGGCUGUUGGAUUGGGAACAGGAGUCCCUUGGGUGAUGUGCAAAGAAAUUGAUGCCCCAGAUCCUGUGAUUAAUUCGUGUAAUGGCUUUUACUGUGACGAUUUCUCUCCAAAUAAACCAUAUAAGCCUAGCAUGUGGACCGAGUCUUGGAGUGGCUGGUUUACCGAAUUUGGUGGCCCGAUUCACCAGCGACCAGUUCAAGAUCUGGCAUUUGCAGUUGCUCGUUUCAUUCAGAAGGGCGGAUCAUAUGUGAAUUACUACAUGUAUCAUGGAGGAACUAAUUUCGGACGUUCCGCUGGGGGUCCGUUCAUUACUACAAGCUAUGAUUACGAUGCUCCAAUCGAUGAAUAUGCACUUCCUUAUCUUGCAUACAUGAAUGAUUUAGGUUUGAUUAGGCAACCGAAAUAUAGCCAUUUGAAGGAUCUUCAUAAAGUGAUCAAGCGAUGCGAGCAUGCUUUGGUUUCUUCGGUCCCUACUGUUACAUCGUUAGGAACAUACCAGCAGGCUCAUGUAUUCUCUGCAGGAACUGCAGGAUGUGCAGCUUUUCUCGCAAACUAUCAUGUACAAUCUGCUGCUACCGUAGUUUUCAAUAAUAAGCACUAUGACUUGCCUCCAUGGUCCAUAAGCAUCCUUCCCGAUUGCAAAACUUCCGUAUUUAAUACCGCAAAAGUAAGAAUAUCUUGCAGGACCUAUUAUGGCUUGUCCUUUUCAUCAAUCAAGUCUCUAACAUCACAGCAACUAGUACGCAUUCAUCAGUUGUUUCGUCAAGCCAAAUUUGAUGAUCCCAGUGGUCAUUGUCUUAGCCCUGCUGGCGAAUACAAUCUUCGAUUAGGAAUUAUAAAAGAACUUCACCCAGACAUGGUUGCAACAUAUUCUGGCAGUGCUCAAGUUUUUGAAGGCCACCCUUUCAUUGUGGAAGCAGGAAUCAGUAUAGGUGGAAAAGAUGUCAAACAAAUAUCUCCAGGUGUUUGGUUCAUUGGUCUUUUCAAUGGCAUUGGACCUACAAGAACACAGUCGAAGAUGAUUGUCCGAGGUCCAGCAUACUCCUUUGCUGCCAAUAUAACUGUGGAAGCAUGUACAAAUUCAAUGAUGAUGGGAGAUUUCUGUAACAGUCCCGUUUAUCCAUUUUCAUGCACAACAUCUAAUGUCAAUAGUACUUUGAAAGCUACAACGGUGAACGAGACAAUGCUGGAAAAUUUGAUGACCUGCAAAAGUAGUUUGAAAACUUUUUGUGCUGAUGAAAGCGUAUCAUACAUUUUCUCCUUUGAUAUAAUAAAUGUGGCAGACGAAUUUACUAUUAUGGCAAGUGAUGUCAAAUUCAAUGUCACGCCUUCAAACAAAACAUCUGGUGCAAAUGAUAUCAGUUUAAUGUGCUUUGUUCGCCAUGGUUCAAUGCCUUCAGUUGCUUCGUUUGAUUACUCCAGUGAUUUAAGUAAAGUGCCGCUGGUUAUUCAUUCUCCAUUAAUCGGUCUGGAAUCUCAUGUGCUUCAAUGCCCACUUGGGAAGGCUGGUCCAAAUUGUACAAUGGAUAUUUACACGCUUCAGACAUUUGUACGGAGAGGUCCAACUCCCUUUGAAUCAUAUUAUUUACCGGUUAGCGUUGGAGCAUCUUAUACUUCUGCCAAUUUCCCUCUUGAACCACUUUUGAGUUACUCAUCAUACAAUGGCGAACCUGGUAACAUUUGGACUUAUUUACUUUUGGACAUUCCUCGUGGUGCAGCCGGAGGAAAUAUUCAUGUACAACUAUCCUCAGACGUGAAGAUCAAUUAUGAAGUUUACAUUAGAUUUGGUGGACUACCAUCUCUUAUUAACCGAGACUAUCAUUAUGUUAACAAGUCAAUAAAAAGCGACACAUCUAUGUUUUUCAUGCUAUAUGAUUCGAGUGAUGACAAGAUCAAUUUCUAUAUUAUGUAUGCUAGAGAAGGAACUUGGGGUUUUGGUCUUAGAUAUCUUAAUACCAGCCACGAUCCUUCAAAAGGGCCAACUGUCAUGUCUCUUUCGCUUGAACGAUGCCCGAAACGUUGUUCCUCUCACGGGGACUGUAAAUUUUCUUUUGAUGCAAGUGGCUUGACAUCAUACAGCUUCUGCUCUUGUGAUCGAAACCAUGGAGGCAUCGACUGUAGCAUUGAAAUUGUAUCACAUCAAGGGCAUAUACGACAAUCAUUUUUUCUCAUUGUAUCAAAUGCUGCGGCCAUACUUCCUGCCUAUUGGGCCCUUCGGCAGAAGGCAUUAGCAGAAUGGGUUUUGUUCACAUCUAGUGGAAUUGCUAGUGGACUAUAUCAUGCUUGUGAUGUAGGUGCUUGGUGUGCAUUAAACUUUAACGUCUUACAGUUCAUGGACUUCUGGCUCUCUUUCAUGGCUGUGAUUAGCACUUUUCUUUAUCUAGCUACCAUUGAUGAAGUAUUGAAGAGGGCAAUCCACACAGCUGUUGCUAUCCUUACUGCUCUAAUGGCUGUAACAAAUGCAACCAGGUCUUCCAAUGUUGUUCUUGUGAUGGUGAUUGGUGCUCUUGGUCUCCUUAUUGGAUGGGUUAUAGAGCUGUCAACAAAGUAUAGGUCCCUUUCAUUUUCAGUUAGAUUCUCACUUGAUUUCUCUCAGAUUUUACAGGUGAUAAAGCGAUGGAUAUGUAAUCUUAUUGGAACACUUCUAAGACGGUAUCACUGGCCUUUUGCAUUAGCUGGUUUUUCUGCACUGUCACUGGAAAUAUUAAGCCGGACACUUGAAACCAGCGAAAAUUACUGGUUUUGGCAUAGCUUUUGGCAUAUUUCAAUAUACACAUCUUCUUUCUUCUUCCUUUGUUCAAAAGCAAAUAUUCGUAGUAACAAUUGUAAGGUGUUUGAUAUCUAG